AUGACUGUCAACACUUGGCAGUCUUUGGGGGCGGCCAAACGCCAAUCUAUCCUGGAUGCUAUCCCUCCAAAGUGGAGAAUUCAGGAACCGAUUCCUCCCCCGGCAGAACUACGAGAUGUCACUGGCCCUUAUAUUCAACAGUUUCUCAAAGCAAGGGAAAUAGAAAUCACCGAAACUGAUGCAGUUGGGAUUGUGGAUAAAACGACAACAGGCAACUGGACUGCCGUUGAGGUGACAGAGGCGUUUUGUCACAGAGCUGCUCUCGCGCAUCAACUUGUCAGCUGUUUGCACGAAAUAUUCUUCGACUCAGCUAUUGAAGAUGCGAAACGGCUAGACGCCUACUUCGCAGAGCACAAGAAGCCUAUUGGACCUUUACAUGGCUUACCUGUCAGUCUUAAAGACCAAUUCCACAUUAAAGGCGUCGAGACCACAAUGGGUUACGUCGGAUGGAUCGGGACCUUCCAGGGCAUCAAAAACGACCCCCGACGAGCUGUUUUCGAGAGCGAGUUAGCCAGGGAACUUCGAGCACUUGGAGCAGUGCUUUAUUGCAAGACCAGUGUACCGACGACUCUUAUGUGUGGCGAAACCAUUAACGGGAUAAUACAGUACACUUUUAACCCCCGAAACCGCCUCCUCUCCUCCGGGGGAAGUUCUGGUGGCGAAGGAGCUCUAAUUGCACUGAGAGGAUCUCCAGCUGGUAUAGGUUCAGAUAUAGGGGGGUCUGUAAGAUCGCCCAGCGGGUUCAAUGGAUUGUUUGGAAUCCGUCCAUCUGCUGGAAGAAUACCGUACGAGGGCGCGGCGAACUCGAUGGAUGGUCAGAGUACGAUUUUGUCAGUCCUUGGGCCGCUCGCCACAACAGCGCAAUCUGUGAAAUUACUAUUCAAGGCUAUUCUCAGUCAGCAGCCUUGGUUUCAUGAUCCGCUUGUUUUGGAGAUUCCGUGGCGGGAUGAUAUUGAACGGGAAACACAGGCUUUGAUAGAGCAGUCGAGAACGGGCUCAUCAAAGCUUUCCUUUGCGAUAAUACGCCACAAUAAGCAGGUCCAGCCUGAUCCACCUAUUGCACGGGCCAUGGGAAUGGUGGAGAGCACGCUCAAACGGUUGGGACAUAGGGUGAUCGAAUGGAACCCACCUUCUCAUGACGUCGCGGAUGAAAUAGCAGCCAAAGCAUACGGCUUCGACGGAGGAGCAGAUAUAACCCAUCAUCUGGGGCUAUCAGGCGAGAGCCUAGCUCCUCAAGUCAUAGUAACCCAGGGCAAACCGCAGAUGAACGCACAGGAAGUUGCCGCGGUGAAUGUGCAGAAGCGAGAGUACCAAAAGCUCUACAUGGAGUACUGGAACAGCACGGCGGAGCUGACCGGCACGGGCCGGCCAGUAGAUGGAGUACUCUGUCCUGUUGCUGUCCAUGCAGCUGCUAUUCCUGGUAAAUACGGCACGGUUGGAUAUACGACGUUUGUGAAUGUGCUGGAUUACACGACUGUGGUGAUCCCAGUGACUCAUGUUGAUAAACGGGUCGAUGUGGUACCGGAGAAUAUGGAGGUUCUGAAUGAUAUUGAUAAAGCUAAUCAGGAUGAAUAUGAUGCGGGAAUCUAUGAUGGCGCUCCCGUUGGACUUCAGCUCAUUGGAAGACGGCUUCAAGAGGAGAAAAUGCUGACAUUAGCUGAUUAUAUUGGUGCAGAGGUCGAGAAGGAUCAAAAAUAA